ACAACACAACAUCCUCAUCUCUUCCUCUUCCUCGACGCGCAUCCACCAUCGGAGAAGGCAAGGGAAGGGAGCCGCGCGCGCGUUCGACCCUCCCGCCCGCCCGCCAUGGCAGGUUCACCACCGAAGCCAUGGGAACGUGCCGGGGCUGAGGGGGCUUCUGGCCCAGCACCUUUUAAGCCCCCAUCUGGUGGCACCACUAGCGAUGUAGUUGAGGCUUCUGGUACGGCUAAACCCGGAGAAACCGUUACUGCGGCAGAGAGGAACACAUCCGCCAACAUAAACAGCGCUGUCUCAAGGCCUAUGCCACAGCGUCCGUGGCAGCAGACAGGCUAUGGAAACAGUUAUGGAGGUUAUGGAUCCAAUAUGUAUAGUUCGUAUGGUGGAUUUGGCAAUUCCUAUGGUAGUGGUGGGCUCUAUGGAAAUAGCAUGUAUUCUAGUUACGGCGGUGGUUAUGGUGGUGGCCUUUACGGAGGUUCUGGGAUGUAUGGUGGAGGCAUGUAUAGUAGUGGGAUGGGAGGGCCUUAUGGUGGUUACGGCAUGGGUGGCAUGGGCGGCAUGGGUGGUAUGGGCAUGGGCCCUUAUGGUAACCAGGAUCCUAAUUCAUUUGGUCCUCCUGCACCACCACCAAGUGUUUGGGUGUCAUUCCUACGAGUGAUGCAUGGUGUUGUCAAUUUCUUUGGGCGAGUUGCAUUCCUUGUUGAACAGAACACACAAGCAUUCUAUCUAUUUAUAACAGCUAUGUUGCAGCUCUUUGAUCGGUCUGGGAUGCUUUAUGGCGAACUUGCAAGAUUUGUCUUGCGUAUGUUAGGAAUCCGAACAAAAUCAAAGAAGGGCAAGGUUCAGGGCCCAGAUGCCCCAGCAUUCGAGGGACCUGCCCAGCAUUUCAUCGAGGCACCAAAAGGGAACAACUCAUGGGACAAUGUUUGGGGAAACUUGCAAGUCAGCAGGGAAUCAGGACGAAGAGUCCCUGUUAAGAUGAAUUGCCUGCUGGAAUUAGGGAAUGGCAUUGAUACUCGACUUUCUGAUUUUCACGGCUUUUCUGCGAUAUGUCUGAGUCCUAGUGGACAUGUCCAACAAGUUGUGGGCAAGUACAGUUUGCCAGAUCGUGCAAUGAUGUUUAAAUUCGACACGAAGAUGGGGGAGAUCACCAAUGUCACGGAGUACCAGGCCAUCGCGAAGCAGAAGCUUCCGAAGAUGAUCUACGACUACUAUGCAUCUGGCGCAGAGGAUGAAUGGACUCUCCAGGAGAACAGGGAGGCCUUCUCUAGGAUCCUGUUUCGCCCACGCAUCCUGAUCGAUGUAUCAAAGAUUGACAUGGCCACAACUGUUCUGGGGUUCAAGAUUUCAAUGCCCAUUAUGAUUGCUCCCUCUGCCAUGCAGAAGAUGGCUCACCCGGAUGGAGAGUACGCUACUGCGCGCGCAGCAUCAGCAGCAGGCACUAUAAUGACAUUGUCAUCAUGGGCUACUUCAAGCGUUGAGGAGGUUGCCUCAACUGGACCUGGGAUCCGUUUCUUCCAGCUUUAUGUUUACAAAGACAGGAAAGUGGUGGAGCAGCUUGUCAGGAGGGCUGAAAGGGCUGGAUUCAAGGCGAUUGCGCUUACGGUGGACACCCCAAGACUUGGUCGCAGGGAGGCUGACAUCAAGAACAGGUUCGUUCUGCCACCAUUUUUGACACUGAAGAACUUUGAAGGUCUGGAACUGGGGAAAAUGGACCAGGCUAGUGAUUCAGGACUGGCUUCUUACGUCGCCGGGCAAAUCGAUCGCACCCUGAGCUGGAAGGAUGUGAAGUGGCUGCAGACCAUCACCACGCUGCCGAUCCUGGUGAAGGGAGUGAUCACCGCAGAAGACACGAGGCUCGCCGUGGAGAACGGCGCGGCGGGGAUCAUCGUGUCCAACCACGGCGCCCGUCAGCUGGACUACGUGCCCGCCACCAUCAGCGCCCUCGAGGAGGUCGUCAAGGCGGCUCGCGGGCAGCUCCCCGUCUUCCUCGACGGCGGCGUCCGCCGUGGCACCGACGUCUUCAAGGCGCUCGCUCUCGGCGCCGCCGGCGUCUUCAUCGGGAGGCCGGUGGUGUUCUCGCUGGCGGCGGCGGGGGAGGCCGGCGUGAGGAACGUGCUCCAGAUGCUGCGCGACGAGUUCGAGCUCACCAUGGCGCUCAGCGGCUGCACCUCGCUCGCCGACAUCACCCGCAACCACGUCAUCACCGAGGCCGACAAGCUCGGCGUCAUGCCCUCACGCUUGUAAACACGCACGCACGGCUGUGCUCCGUCGCCGCCGCACGUGUCACUCGAACUCAAUACAAUGGCCGUCGAUCGACGAUCGGUCGUCGCCGCCGCCGCCGCCGACGACGACACGCCGGGAAUCGAAGGUGGUAGCCGAAGAAAGAUUUGAUUUUGGAUGGAACACAAGCUUAAUUAUAGUUUUGGAAUUAAUGUCCUUCAAGUGAUCGAUCACUGUACCUGGUUAAUUUCUUGGAUUAUUACUGGCGGUUUAUAUAUACCAAACAAUCAAAUUAAUACCCUUAUUGCAAA